AUGCGAGGGGCCGUGUCACACGCCAUCCUCUUCGCCACUGCCGCCGCCCGCCCCUGGUCCCCGGCCGCGAUCUCCGACUACGUGCGUGAGCGCGCCGGCGGCCCGCGCGCCGGCGGCGGCGUCUUUUGGGUCGGAGAAGGCACGUUGCGCCGCGCGAGCGGCCGGCGGAUCGCGGCGCUCGACUGCGUCGAGAGCGCCGAGCGCGAGUGCAGCGGCGGCGAGGCCGGACCGGAGGCGCCGGGAGGCGCCUUCAGCGUCCGCCGCCUCAUCGUCUACCGCGACCCUUCCGGCAACGGCACACUGCUCCACGUUCCCGACGGGCGGGCGCAGAAGCCGGUGCCGCCUCUCGAGUACACCCAUGUGGUCCGCAUCGGGGCGUCGUCCGCCUCGCCCGAGCCCGCCGUGUCGGCGGCGCGCGCCGACGGCAGCGAGGUGGCAACGGGCCGCACGCUGCGGUCCGGGCUGCGCCAGCGCCCGCUCUCGCGCGUCUUCACCCUCGACGUGCAGGCGGAGGCGCCGCGGCGUGGCCGCGGCUCGAGGUCCAAGGCAGAGGCGAUCGGGCGGUCGGGCGACGCGGCGGCGGCGCUGCUCACGGGCAGCAGCGGCGCAGGCGUGCCGGGCACGAUUGAGGAGUACGAGCUGCGCGUGCCGCGCUGGCCGGGCUCCUCGCCCCUGCUCGGGCGGGAGCUGCUCUACCGCAGGACCGGCCCUUGCCCGUCAUGGUGCGGCGCCGGCGUCUGCACCACGGAGCUGCGGCUGAGGAGGUGCCGGCCGCCCCUCGCCAAGCGCACCCUCGCGCGGCUGCUGCGGGAUUGCCUCGACACCGACGGCCGAGCCAGCAGGGAGCAGGAGUGAGCCGAGAGAUAUAUACUCUAGCUGGCGGGCAGGUGAGGAGGUAAGGUAAGGUAAGGUAAAUUU